GUCGACCGCGGUUCAGUCGCUGCUGCCACAACAAACCAGACGUCGUCGUCAACUUCGCCAUUAUCGUCUAUACAUCAUUGGAUCCAUCCUCUAUCAAUGCAGAGGCCAUUUGAAUCUCGAAAGACGGAUGGCGAAAGCCACAGCUUACCGCUGGAGAUCAUUCAGCCUGUGAGUCCCGAGUCCUGAGUCUACCACAUCUUCGGACCUACGCUUGACAAACACACGUACGUUUUACUAUGAUGCCGCACUAGAUAUUUUUGGAUGCGAUUGAAGGAGACCGCUCGAUGGCUGCAGCACUGUCCCAGACAUGCAAGACCGUCUACGCGUGGAUCAUCCCUAUCCUCUACUCUACAGUCGUGCUGACGACGCCGACCCAAGCUGCCUCCUUUCAACGCGCGGUGCUCACUUCAUUUAAUUCGGAUUCAGAAGGGCACACUACCGCCACACGUCUUACUGAACGCCCCCUUCAUACUUAUGUCCAUCAUCUCUGGGUAGGCAGGAACCGCCGGUCCCGAGCCAAUCGCACAGGCACUCGUCCCCAACUCGGAGGGACGGGGCGCGAACGUGUUGGUCAAACUAUCAUCGGACGAUCACGUCUAUGGAAUGCUACUCUUGGAAUCGUCGAGCUGUGCCCAAGUCUGCGUACGCUGGCGAUGAUCGGCUAUCCCGCUACGAUCAUAGGCGUAAUCGUGCCCCACCUCCCAGUGACGCUAGAGUCGCUGUCAAUUCGCGUCAGGAAUCAUGCGACCCUCGACCUACCAGACAUUUCUCAUCUCACUGCCCUUCGCGACAUUGUUUUCGUGCACACGGAGCUCACCGACAAGACGGUGUGCCUCCUUCUGCGAUCGCCCAGCGUACAGAGUAUCACCCACCUAUACAACUGCUCCAGACCCAUGCCACCCGACCUCGGGUUUCCCCCGGAUUCCAAGUGGGAUAAUGAUAAUCUAGGGAUGGGCGUGUGCCAGCUUCGCCUCGUUGGCAAGCAUGCCUCCCGUGGCUUCAAGCGGAUGAGAAUUGUCUCCCUGUUCGGAAGAGAUACGUCCGCAGAGACGGAGCUUUCCGGGCUUCAGGACUAUAUGGCAUCGGAUGUGUAUGACGCGCGUAUUGUAGUGUCGGCAAAGGAGGGGUGCGAUGGGUCCGGCGGCAUGGACCACAUCAAGAGGUGGUACGACGAUUGGGUUGCGGGCCUCGGCCAUGCCUCGCGCAGUUGUGUGCCACUCACGCAAGAACAUCCAUCCUGGGACCUGUGAUCAAUGUUCGUGCGCUCCUGACCUACCAAGGUGCAAAAUGUACGGGAGCUAUCAGCGCGUGGCGGUUUCGAGUUUGAUUUCGAUUUCGCAAUACUUGACUCUCGCUGUCCAUUCUCACAAUCAAAAUUUGGCUUUCUCAACCGAACUGCAGGUAUUGCGAGUUUCGUCGAUGAUCCUUCACUGAACGUUCGAUC